UACAGUUUGGUAAUGGCUGCUAUAGCAAUAAAGAGCUACCAAACCAAUUUGUCUUCACUUACAGUUUGGAUGAGUGUGGAAAUACACCUGUGAUGCAGAAUGGCUUGGUAAUGUUCACCAACUCUCCACUUGAAUCUCAAAAAACCUCCCCCCACCUGGUGGGAAACUCAGUGCACAUAUUUUGCUUACCAAAAAGGUGCCUCGCUUGAGUUAUUGAAUAAUUUAAGUGGUCCCAAAUAAUCAUACUAAAGGAGACUGCAUGUCUUUACAAGUCCUAUUCAAUGGCAUUUCCUGAGAAUGGCCAGAUCUUUAACAUUGAAGCCAUGAAUCCAUUCUGGACCAGCAGUGCAGAGUCUAUUAUCUAUAAAAGGGGCCAGGUUGUCAACCUCCAGGUUUCUGCCAAAAACAAGCCAGAGCAGCAGCUUUUCAUUCAGUCCUGUUUUGUCUGUGCAUCUCAUGAGCCUCAGACUAGACCCAAACAUGCACUCAUAAUAAACAAAGGAUGUACAGCCCCGUUGGAUUCUUCUCAUGCUGCCGUACAAUUUGUGGCCUUCGACAGAGUGGAUGUGGUUAAUUGAGUUUGAACACAUUUUAUCUCAUUUCUGAGUGUCCUCAUGUCAGACCAGGGUGUCACCUUUGGCUCUAAAUCCUGCAACUAUAACCUGAUCCAGUCAAGAUGGGAGGACCUAAGUGGAAAUGUAGAGGUGUGUGGGUGCUGUAGCUCAAAGUGUAAAGGCCUGUCAGUCAGGCACCUUCCUGAGGAUGCCAAGGCUACCGUCAGCACUGGCCCCUUUGUCAUUGUGGAUAAUCGCGGUGUGGUGGUGGUUAGUCAGGACCCAGGUGCCAGACUGACCCUCUGGCUACCUGGACAGCUGCAAGAUCCUGAAUACAGCAAGAAUAUACGUUCGGAGUCUGAAGACAAUUUGACACUUAAGUUGGAGGCAAGCGACACUGUAGCAAAUGACCUUCCUGAGCUGCGACUACUGGCAGAUAAGGAGCCUCUUCUGAAUACGCUCCUAAACGAGAUGGAAGGGUUGAUGGAUGGGCAAUUCCUUCACAAAUGGAAAAAGCAGCUUUUGCAGAGGAAUCUCAAAGAAAAAAGCGUUUCGGAAGAUCUGGAGGGUUUGACACAGUCUCAACAAGUGGUUGCCAUCCCUCUGACAGAUGAGAUGGUUUAUGUAGAUGUCCUAAACCAGAAUGAUUAUAACCAAAUGAGACAUGGGCAGCCAGAUGAAGCUGUGAUGCCCCAAGAAGAAGCAAAUGAUGCCCAACCAAUAAUUCACUCAAAACUUCAGUUUUCCAAAAGCACGGAUGGAUCACACUCCCUGAGUUAUGAGGAAGAAGUGAUGAGACAACGAGGGAAACGGGAGCUAACUAAUCUUGUAAUGUAUAUCCUAUGCAUGUGACUAGGAGUAAAUUUCUCAAUCUUUUAUCCUCAGGAGGAUGGACAAAGCAGAAUAAUUGCAUCUUCAUAACUUCUAUAACUGAAUAACUGAAUAAAUGUAUUUUGAACAAA